UGUAUACGUCUUGUCGUGAGGAAAGGAAAGAACGACUUUGAGAAAAUUUUUUCUUUAAUCCUACUCAUCAAGGCGCAAAUUUCUUGCUGAGAAACUUCAGAAGGACAUUUCACUUCUAAGAGGUACGCAAAGCAACAACAACCUAUAACCUUUCUGUUAGGUUUUGAUAAAGAAACAUUAGCAGUGCUGUUUCUUUCAAGUUAAAAUCUUUACCAUCAUUUGAUUAUGAGUUCUAAGCGGAAAUAUGGGGAGGCUCUCAGUGAUGAAAACUCAGAACAAACUCAAAGAGCAUUACCUGAUAAUCUCAUGAUGUCAAGUACGCAAAUCCAACGCCAUGAUUUUAUUCAAGAUUUUGAUAAAGAUAUGGACAGUAACGAUUCUUCUCAGUUAAAGCCUUUACCAUCAUCUAAAGAUGAAUUUAUGGCAGAAUUAUAUGAGGUUAUCGAAAUGGAUGAUGAAAAUUUAGAACAAAACCCCAGGGCGUUACUUCUUUAUUUCCUAAUUUCAAGUGUGGAAAUUCAACGCCCUUUUCAAUUUGCUAUGAUAUUGCUUGUUGGAAGUACAGGAUGUGGUAAAUCAUCUACAAUAAAUCAUUUACUGGACACCGGAGAUGGAAUCCCAGUUGCUGAGACAAAUAGUUAUGUAUCAUCUACGAAAAAAACAUCCGAGUAUAUCAUUACUUUUGACGAACCGAAGUAUGAAGUGAGUGAUUUAGUUUUGAGUGUUAUUGAUACACCUGGCUUCAACGAUGGCGUUGAACAAGAUGUAUGCAAUUUUGUAUCUGUGAAAAAAUACUUUGAAACACAUCCCAAAUUUCCUUCAAAAACAAAGUUUUAUCCAAAUCUUGUGUUCAUAGUUGACAAAGCCAAUAAUAAUAGAAUGGGAGUCAAUAGCACACUUUCAAAAUCCUUGAGAGGUGUCAAGAUGUUGGAUGUUGUUGACAUCAGUCAUCCCAAUCUCGUCGUGAUUUUAACACAUGCUUGUUCUGUUGGUUACAAGAACGUGAGAAAGUGGCACGAGACGAUGCAAGAAAAGAUAAAUUUUGUGUCAGAUCUUGUUUUUAAAAUUUUGGGAGUGAGGGCGCCAGUAGUAUUGAUAGAAAAUGAUCCUGAUGAUUAUGGACUUGAAAAGGAUGGAGAUUUCACAAUUCUUCCCAAUGGUGAAAGACAACCUCUGAAUUUAUACAAUGCUUGCCUUGGCCUACUAAAGGAAAGGAGAGAUAAAGCAGAUAAAUUUGGCCACAUGUUGUUGAAUGCUGCAUUUACACGAAAGAAAAAGGAUCGACCAACGAAUGGUUAUGAAGUUAAAGCCAAAAUUGCUGGUGAAGAGCCAUUAUCAGAUGUGGAGUCGAAACUUGUAAAAGAUUUUAGCGAAGCUGCAAGAGGAGGUUUUACCAACUCACUUGUCUCGCGUGCAAUGCAGUAUAUUUCUGAGAGCAACAUUCAAGAAGAGUCUGUGAAAAAGGAACUUUUAGAGCUGGUGGUAACUAUGAAUUCGAUGGGAUUAUCGGAUGAUUCAAAAUUGAGGAGUAUAACAAUUAGUGAAAUCAACUGUCGUCAUGGCGACGAUAUCACUGAACAUGGCCUUCAAAUGUUGGAAAAGAAAUUUGGGAUAAAAUGUGCCGAAUCAUUUUUUCCAGCUGAAUUUAUUGGUCAGGGAUACAACCUUGUCACGGACGACUUUGUUUCAUCUCGGGUUUUGAAACUAUCCCUCGUUGAUAAUAAACAAUUUGGCUUUAAAGUUCCUGAAUGUGCACAAAUAUUAAAGUCAAAUGAAACUGUAGUUUACGAAAUACAUCGACAUAGGAAUGAAAGUUCCAUUAAAUCGCGCCUUCAAGCCUUGGGCCUAAAUGUGAGCAUGACACCAAGUAUAUUGAAGAUGGUUCCAGAACUUGAUGUAAAUCUCAGCUUGGAACGUCAGAAAAAUGACUUGGGAUCUUCAACCAAUACGAAGAUGUUGAUAGAAGUGAGAUUAGCAAUGAUAAAUGUUGGGGAAUUUGAUUCGACGAAAAUUAGUUUUGAUGAUGUGUUUAGAUCUGCUGUGAAAAAUCUACCAAGUAAAAAUAUCAAGAACGAGAAAGUGAUAAAGGAGUUCAUGGAUUUUUUCAAUAGAUUCGGUCAGUUUAUCGUCACGUCUGCUUAUGUUGGGGGAUCAGUUGAAUUUGACAGUCGUGAUGAUAAGAUGGAAUUGUCAAACCAAGAUGGAAACAGUGUUGACGGUGGUAUUGGUGCAUGUAAUGAAAAAAUUUCUGGUGAACGACAAGCAUCAGCGAACCAAGAAAGAAAAAUUUUUGAAAACUACAUCCACUAAAUGGAAAGGAGGGCGUUUAGACUUGCAAGAUAAAGAAAAAAUCUCGGAAUGGAAGACAUCUGUUGCUAAUGAUCCAGUGUUUUUAAAAAAUAUACUAACAUUGCAGCCCAUUUAUACGUUAGUUGGAAUGAUUGAUGAAAAGAAAGGAAAUCUUACCAAGGAAGCUUUCCAAAAAAUUUUUCAGAUUGACAUUUCAAAUCUUUACAAUAAUGAUUUGUCAAAAGCAAAUUUGCAAAUUGAAACCAAAGAAAAGCAUCAAGAAAAAAGAAAUUCCAAUACAAGGUUGGAGUGGACGAGAGAGCCGGAUAGUAGUGGAUUUUGGAAAAUAUAUGAUAUUCUUAAAAGGCUUUUAUCAUUUAUUGAUGUUUUCGAUGUCUACGGGACAUUGGUUCGAUUCAUUUCAUAAGUCAAUCUUUUUUAUUUGAAGCAUCACUAUUGCACUUCUGCGUUGAUCUCGUUUGUCUAUUUACGUAUCAUGUAUCACAUGCAUACCAUUAUAAAUUAACCUGUAUUUGACUAUUUCAUUCAUUCUGCAAUGAAGAUAGCAUAAGUAUACCAAAACAUGUACGCAUUAAAAACUUUAUAAAAAAUAUGGUUGGUUUUAUAUUGCGUAAUAUCACUUUCUGCUUAGCUUAAACACCCAGGAUUAGUAGUUUUAGAAUGAGAAGGAAUUCAGAACAUAUGUAAAAGCAGCAAUUAAAUGUUGAAAAGUUUAAGUACAUAGUUACCUUACUA